GCGGUAUGGGCUACAUCUCAGUGCUUUACGAAAUGCUAUUAGACUACGUUCAUUUCCCAUAUGUACUAGCUUCCUUACAAUUCAUAUGGGUUAUUAUUACUCAAAUAUAUUGCUCCAACAGAAAAUCGUCAAGGGCUCCUAGAUCACCGGACAGCAUAAUAACUGCUCCAAAGAGAACGCCGGGCGCAGGAGGAGCACAACCAGCGGUUCCUCCACCACUAAACAUUCGACCACCAGCAGAAAACAAAAUGAUGGGAACGUACGAUCCCAAUUACCAAACUCUUGCAGGGCUGAACAACGAAGAUGUUUUCCAAGCAAAGGGUGGUGGUGGUGGUGGCGGAGGAGGUGUUCCACCGAAGAUGAAUAUUAGACCUCCAGCAGAGAACAAAAUGAUGGGCACCUAUGAUCCAAAUUACCAAACACUAGCUGGCCUAAACAACGAGGACGUCUUCAAGCCAAAGGGCGCAGGAGAAGGAGGAGGAGGAGGAGGAGGAGGAGGGGGAGGAGGAGGAGGCGGUGGGGGUGCAUUCAAUAUUAGACCGCCUGCAGAAAACAAGAUGAUGGGAACGUAUGAUCCAAACUAUCAAACAUUAGCUGGAUUGAACAACGAGGAUGUCUUUAAGCCCAAGGAUGGAGGGAAUGCCAAUGUGGGCAAUAACAACUUUUGCACUUACUAA